AUGGCUUCUUGUCUAUUCUUUGUUGUUGUCUUUUGCCUACCCUUUAUUGUUAAAGCUCAAGAAAGGUCUCCUCAUGGCCUUGCUUAUGAAAGCCCUGUUGCAGUUUCACCAGAAGCAUACUCAUUUUUCCACCCAGAGACUCAAAAACAAAACACUACUACUAGUGAAAGUUUAUGUGAUGAUAAUAAUAAUAAUGCAUCAGGUUGUUCAAAAUUUCCUACAGCAUCAAGUGUGCAGUCUAAUUUGGCACAUGAAAGUUUACCGCCAGGCGAUGAGGAAGGCAAUAAACGAAUGGGAGCUGGUGGGAUGGUUGGGAUCGCUCUUGGGUUCGGGUUUGCUAUUGUGUUAGCAUUCGGUGUUUACUAUGUGGCAAUUGCGCGAAAACGCAAUGCAGACAAAGGUGCUCCUGUCCAGCUCAAUGUCUGACUCUUCAAAAAUGUUGUUGCAUGAUGUCAGACCUCUCCAAAAUGCACUAUUUUUGGAGAAUCCGGCAUGCACCUAUCUACAUUUUCAAA